UCAUAUUUUUCCUUUCCACAUAAUCCAGCUGCCAUCGCUAAGAUUCCUCCAUUCUUAGUAAAAAGGUUGCUUCAUCUUUGUCAGCUAUCUGCGAGCGCUCAACGUGCCUAUUCGAAUUGGCGUCAGGCCGACGAACUGGCUAAUACUCAUUGGAACAAUCAUCUUUUGCAACGGUCUCAGCCUUCUUCCAACUAUGAUCCUUCCCUUCAUCUUCCCGUCGAUCUAGAGGCCAGUCUGUUACUUGGCCGCGGUGCCUGGCUUUUCGGGCCGGACACAAGAACUGGCCUUCUUUUAGCCUAUAUUGACGGAGUUGUCGCUGCUCAUGAUUUAUUUGUGACUACACUUCAACGCCAUCACUCCGGGGCAUUAUCGCCCUCUUUGACUUUUGCAGCCACCGAUACUGAAUUUUCAGACAAUGCAUCACUACCUUUGCUCUUCUCUCCAACUGCCCUACUUCACUGCGCUUUAUCAGCCGGCCCCACUACUAAUACUCACGCCCCGAUCACUGACUCCUCCGAUCAAUCCCAUAUAACCAUCACUCAACUACCAGAAGUUGUUCCUGGUGCGUUGAAAGCUGCUUUAAUUGGCGAUAAGACACCUGAUUUUGUUGAAGCCCAAACAACAAAGGUUGCUGUCCUAUCACAACCUUCAACGAAAGAAUCAGUUAGGAAAAGACAUCGAUCUGACGAGAAACGUAACAAGGAAAUUGCGCACAAGGAGGUUGUCCAAGACGAGCGAUCCACUUCUAUCGAUCCUGUGCAGCAAGGUCCCGAUUCAGCUGUCGUAAUUCUCACUUCUAACUGUUCACCAAUUUGCAACACUCCUGAUGAUGCUCCUCUAAGUGCCACUCCUUCCGUCAUCCCAACCAAUCCAGUUUCAACAUUGCCAAGCAGCAGUCAAUACUCAUCUGGCAAGAUGCAAAUUGUUAAUAGCCGAAAUUCCUCUGUUAACAGGCCAGACAUCGGCACAUCUGCUGGAAAGGCGUCCGCAUCUGUUGAACUCACUGCCUUAUAUUCAAGCGAACUGGAUUCCGGCCCCAACAAGAAAAGCCCGAAAUUGGAUUCUGAGGAGGAAUCUUACAGAGUAGAGCAGAAGAAAAAAAAGAAGAAAAGCCGUGUUAAAGGGGAACACGCCAAAUUGGGUAGCAACGAUGCUGAUUCUGACAGUCAGAUGCUGACUAAAAAGCGGAAACGAAUAUCACUGGCAGAUUCUAUCUGCAGUCGCGGCCCCGAGGAGAUAAGCAGUCAAACUAAACUUGAGCACUCAGAUAUCAUUCAACCUUCAUCUAAUCAAAAUCAGCUCUCCUCUGCCUCAGAUUCACUU